AUGGCUGCUUUGACCGAAAUGCAAGCUAAAGAGUACUUGAACGCAAGGCCGAAAUAUCCAACAGAAUGGUACAGAGUGUUGGCUGGUCGAACCACCGACCAUAAGGUGGCUUGGGAUGUAGGAACCGGCAACGGCCAGGCUGCAAUCGGUGUGGCUAAAUACUACCAAAAAGUGGUGGCAACUGACAUAAAUGAAAAACAGAUCGACCUUGCAAAGCCACACCCAAAAGUCACAUACAUUCACACUCCAUCAUCAAUGUCCGACGACGAUCUAGUGGCUAAACUUGGUGGAGAAAACUCCAUAGAUCUCAUUGUAGUUGCUCAAUCUCUCCAUUACUUCGACCUUAAAAGAUUCUAUCACAUAGCCAAACGCGUUCUUCGAAAACAAGGCGGUGUAAUCGCGGCUUGGGUCUACAACGAUCUCAUGGUCACACCAAAGGUUGAUUCCAUCAUGAAACGUCUUGUGGAUUCAACAAUACCGUACCGAACGGAGACAAUGAAUUUAGCGUUUGAUGGUUAUAAAAAAUUAGAGUUUCCAUUUAAAGAUAUAAGAUUGGGGACUCAAGGAAGACCUAAAGCUCUUCAUAUUCCACACAAGCUUUCUCUUGAUGGGUAUUUAGGUUUUUUUAAAUCUUGGCAGCCUCUAGUGAAGGCUAAGGAACAAGGAGUAGAGCUUUUAACUCCUCCUAUUAUUAAUGAGUUUAAAGAAGCUUGGGGUGAUCAAAAUCAAGUCAAGGAUGUUUCUUACAAGGCAUAUAUGCUUGCCGGAAAACUUUAG